GAAGGAGGUGGGAAAAAAAACAAAAAUAAUCUGAGCGGGGCGGCCAUCUUGCUUGAGCUCGCUAAGGCAGGGAGAGAGUGGAAGUGAAGACGGAGGAGAACCGCAGCGGGAGAGAGCAAACCUCGGGUGUGUGUGUUCGUUCAGACCGGGGUAAUUUACACAACGGGUCCACCGCCACCGUGAGGAGAAACUGCGUGGUUGUGUCUGCGGUUUGUGGUUUUCCUCCUCGGGAUCCGGAGAGGAAACAGUGGGACUGCUACCCGUGGAGCUAAGCUAACGGCUAGCCGGGCCAGCUAGCUGUUCGCUAACCGAGCUGGGGUCGUCAGCAGCGGACUGAGGGCUGCAGCUCCGCUCGGUAACAUUGUGGCUGAUCGCGGAGGGCUGUUUUCCAGGCGCGGACUCUGAUCCCGGAUCACACCACCAAGACGUCGCUCGGAGCAGCGCCUCAUAGGUCGAUCUUACAUUAAAACACGAUAUGAACAGUCGGGAUUUAACUUUUUCUUCGACGUGACUGUGAGCCGGGAGGAAAGAGGCAGGUUUUUACAGAUAAAAGCAGGAAUGUGGAGCGGCUCUACCACCGGCUAGCUACAGCCGGAGCUCCGCGUUAAUCCCGCUCUGGAAGCGCACUAAAUCAGUGCAGAUCGAUGAAAAUGUCCCGUCUGAUCCCGGAGAAAAAGGCUGUUUUUCUGCUUCAGGUUGCUCGCUGUUCCCCUGUCAGCUGCCAACUGUUUACCUGCCAAUGACAUUGCCUGUAAUUACUCGGAGAACCGAACUGUUCAGCUGCGUCUGAUCCCGAUGAGGAGACCUGAAAGUCGGGUGGUAUUACCCGGUGUGUCGGGCUGUUAGCGGAGCCUCUGAACCCAGGCCUGACCUCGGAUAAACGGCUCCACAUUUACCUCACCUCACCGUGGUUAAAGUGUCAUAUUGUCUCACGUUAAACCGUGAGGACCCGGGGCCGUGUCAGAGGGGUCUGGACCGGGACAUGGUGCAGGGUCUCCGCCGCAUCUCAAAGCUCGUUUAAAGGGACGUUAAUCCCGGUUUCCUCUGGAUUAUAACUGUAAUAAUAAUAUUAACGGACUGUGUGUGUCUGUGUGUGUGGAUCCAAGGAUGGGAUCAGCGACCAAACUGGCCUUCAGUGUUUUCCUCAUCUCCUGCUCCUCAGGUGCCAUCCUGGGUCGCUCAGAGACUCAGAAGUGUGUCCACUACAACUACAGCCCUUCGUCCUCCUCCUCGGUGGCGGGGGUGGAGGGUCGGGGGAACGUCAGCGGGGUGAUGACCUGCUCUGGGGAGAAAGACAAGAGGCUGCACUGCUUCGCCACCUGGAAGAACGUCUCUGGAGCCGUGCAGGUGGUCAAACAGGGCUGCUGGCUCGACGACGUCAACUGCUACGACAGGAACGAGUGUGUGGAGAAGAAAGAUGCUCCUGAAGUUUUCUUCUGCUGCUGUGAAGGAAGUUUGUGUAACGACAAGUUCUACUACAGCCCCGACAGCAGCCAGCCACCGCCCACGACGAACAAACCGGUGACGUCUCCUCCCCCGGUGCUGACCACUCUGAUGUACUCGCUGGUUCCCAUCAUGGCCGUCACCGCCAUCAUCCUCUUCUCCUUCUGGAUGUACCGACACCACAAACUGGCCUACCCACCUGUACUGGUGCCCACACAGCACGCCUUUCAUAUAAUGAUCGAGGACCCCGGUCCCCUCCCUCCCUCUCCCAUCCUGGGCCAGAAGCCUCUGCAGUUACUGGAGAUCAAAGCCAGGGGGCGCUUCGGCUGCGUGUGGAAGGCUCAGCUGCUCAGUGAAUACGUGGCCGUCAAAAUCUUCCCCAUACAGGACAAACAGUCGUGGCAGAACGAGUUUGAGAUCUACAACCUGAACGGGAUGAGACACGAGAACCUGCUGCAGUUCAUUGGAGCAGAGAGGAGGGGCAGUAACAUGGACAUGGAGCUGUGGCUCAUCACUGCCUUCCAUGAGAAGGGUUCUCUUACAGAUUACCUGAAGGCCAACGUUCUCUCCUGGUCUGAGCUGUGUCUCAUCGCUCAGUCCAUGUCCCGAGGUCUCGCCUACCUGCAUGAGGACAUACCCGGACACAAGGACGGACACAAACCUGCCAUCGCGCACAGGGACUUUAAGAGUAAGAACGUCCUGCUGAAGUCCAACCUGACCGCCUGCAUCGCUGACUUCGGCCUCGCUCUCAGGUUUGAGGCGGGAAAAUCUCCAGGAGACACCCACGGACAGGUGGGGACCAGGAGGUACAUGGCCCCGGAGGUCCUGGAGGGGGCCAUUAACUUCCAGAGAGAUGCCUUCCUGAGGAUCGACAUGUACGCUCUGGGUCUGGUCCUGUGGGAGCUCGCCUCGCGCUGCAAAGCUGCUGACGGUCCAGUGGACGAGUACAUGUUGCCGUUUGAAGAAGAGGUGGGUCAGCACCCGUCUCUGGAGGACAUACAGGAGGUGGUGGUCCACAAGAAGCUGAGGCCGCUGCUCAGAGAGUGCUGGCAGAAACACGCCGGUCUGGCUCUGCUCUGCGAGACCAUUGAGGAGUGCUGGGACCAUGAGGCCGAGGCCCGGCUGUCGGCCGGCUGCGUGGAGGAGCGCGUCGUGCAGAUGCAGCGGCAGACGAGUGUCACGGCACCUGAGGAGAUCGUCACCGUCGUCACCAUGGUAACCAACGUGGACUACCCGCCCAAGGAGUCGAGCCUAUGA